UGAUAAGAUCCAUGUAAAGUUUGUUAUGAUCAGAUCUAUGCCACCGCCUUAGCCGCUGUCAAUCAAGCAUAUCAAUGGAACGGCAGUGAUCUGCAGGUGCAGGGGAAGUACCAUAGGCCGCGAAGCACAUGACUACUCUGCUUUUUGCCUCUUCCGAGUACCGAACUUUAAGUUUGGGAGCCCUAGCUCAGACACCGAUCGUCUAAAAUGGGUGACGAGGCCGCGAAGGUAGUCGUUCCCCGAAACUUCAGAUUACUGGAAGAACUUGAAAGAGGUGAAAAAGGAAUCGGGGAUGGAACUGUGAGUUAUGGAAUGGAUGAUGCUGAUGAUAUCUAUAUGGCGUCUUGGACGGGAACAAUUAUAGGGCCACCUAAUACUGUUCAUGAAGGACGGAUUUAUCAACUCAAGCUAUUCUGUGGACAGGAUUAUCCUGAUAAUCCUCCCAGCGUGAGAUUUCAAACUCGGAUUAAUAUGACCUGUGUCAAUCCAGAAACUGGUGUGGUGGAACCAAGCCUUUUUCCCAUGCUUUCUAAUUGGCAAAGGGAGCAUACAAUGGAGGACAUAUUAAUGCAGUUGAAGAAAGAAAUGACUUCUCCCCAGAACAGGAGACUAAGUCAGCCUUCUGAAGGUGAGUUUAUUCAUUUAUUCACUUCUCAUUAUGGACAGCACACUCCUCUCGUUAAUAUAUACAGCAGAUUGAAUUGAUAGAUUUGUUUCGUCCAGUCAAGGAGGGUAUAACCAAGAAGGCUAUCCAGUGAAGGAGGUUCCGAGAUGACACUCCAUUAUCUAAAACAAAAAAUAUCUGAAUGCAAAAAUGAUUUGAGAGAGUAUACUAGCAAUCUAGCUAUAUCCCAAAACAUCUAGGUUCCCGCAUUCUGUCUUUAAAACUGUGUGGUUUUGUUUUCGCUCCCACCUCCUACAAGAUCACUUUCAUGGCAUCAACUUUUAGACUUCAAUUUUGUCUAUGAAAUUAUGGUUUCAAAGGAGUUGGAAAUAGCCUGUUUGCUAUCCUGAGGAAACACCAUUGCAAUCCAGAUCUACCCAACAAUCUAAACGGGCAGGAUGAAUUGGGAGGGCAAGAAAAUAAAAGGUGGUCUUGGUCUUUCAAACAUCUAUACAUUAACGUUUCAUUUAAGAGUCAAAGCUAGGCUUGGGAAUUCCAUCCUAAUUCUGUCUCUAUUGUAACUACGCUCCGGCACUAAAGUGCAAGGGAAGGACUUUCUGGUAUUCAGUAUGCUAUUGAGAGGAUGGGGUUAAUGUAUGGUGGCCUGGAUGAAAUGUGAAAGCUGGUUGAAAAGGGCUUACAAGUGAAUUGGCUUGACAUAUCCAAGGUUCAACUCCAUAACCUUGGUGCUGGUUGGGUUCAGUUAAAGAGAGCAGCCCACUUCUGGUCUCUGCUUCAAAUAGGGUUCUGGGAAAUUUACUGUCAGGAGCCCUCAUCACUGAGCCAUUGUUAGUUUAUGAAUUAUUCUUUGGAACUCUACCAACCCAUAGAGGCUAUGGUAAAUAAUAGGAAAUGUCUGUUCUUCAAACGAUAUGCUUUCCAAAACAUAACUCUAUCCUCUCUGGCCAUUAACUUUCAAGGACAAUCCUGUUUCCUGAAUGCAUAUAGAAGAAAUAUGCAUUCAAGAACUUGGGACAGUGAGAACUUAUGGUUUCCAGCCUCUUGAUCAAGCCCAUAUGAACUAAUAGAAAAUUUGACCCAUAAAGGUUAUGCCUUUGAAUUAAACACUCAUCUCCAUUUCGAUAUCAAAGCUGUAUUUGUGUUCUUUAGGCCUCCUCUCUCAGGAUUACCUCUUUCAACAAGAAUGGAGACCUCCCGUCCCAUUAGGUGAUAACCUUUAAUUUCUGUUCUUCUCUUAAAUUUCCAAGGCAUAUUGAAUUUAAGAAAGAGGGUAUGGGGAUAUGCUUGAAAGAACAGAGAUUUCAGAAGCAUUAUUCUGCGUUGGGAGUAUGUAACAUGCUUAAAUUCAAUAUGUAACUCCUGAACAGAGAUUUCAGGAGUAUGUAACUUGCUUCAUUUAAACAUCCUCUGUGGUUUCUCAAAAUCUAUGGGCUCGUCCAGACUCCAGGUGGCACACCCAAGUAAAGACAAUAGCCUCCUAAUUAGUCGAGAAGGAACAAGUGCAUGUGAGAGGCCAGAGGGAGGCUCAAAGUAGGAAUUUUCUGCAUGAUAGCUCUAUUUAAUUCAUUUAUUUUCUGUUAAAUUGUGGAAUGUGUUCACCCUAGGGGGCUAAGAAUCGAAUCACAUAUACGAAUAUGAGAUACAAAUACAAUACAACACAUACACUGCAAUGUCAUUUUAUAUAAAUCUAGGACAUGGACAUGUUUAUUAAAAUAUAAAAUUUUAAAAUAUGUAUC